UGGAAUGUGGAAUGUUCCUUAUGUUUCCAAUGUGUAUUUGAUCAAAAAUACCGCAUUUAAAUAUAUUAACUAUGAUCAUCAAUAUUUUGACCCCGAUAUGGCCAUGUGCGAAUCACUUCGUAACGCGGGUAUUUUUAUGUAUAUCACAAACUAUCGCGCAUACGGACACAUGGUGAAUGUAGAUAACUUCGAUAGUACUCUUACAAGUCCAGAUUUCUACACGCUUUUUACAAACAAAUAUGACUGGAUCCUAAAAUACCUACAUCCAAAUUAUGCAAAACAGUUAGAAGCCAAUGUAACAAUACCACAACCAUGUCCGGACGUAUUUUGGUUCCAGAUUGUAACUGAUACUUUUUGUGAUGAUUUUGUUGCUAUAACAGAGGCCUAUGGCAAGUGGUCAGAUGGAAGUAAUAAGGAUGCUCGCCUUGAAGGCGGCUAUGAGGCUGUACCAACGCGUGAUAUUCAUAUGAAACAAGUAGGCUUAGAUCGACUAUGGUUAGAAUUCUUACUACUUUUCGUGCGGCCAUUACAAGAAAAAGUUUUUACUGGUUAUUAUCAUAAUCCACCACGUUCAUUGAUGAAUUUUAUGGUGCGAUAUCGUCCUGAUGAGCAACCUUCCUUAAGGCCCCAUCAUGAUUCUUCUACAUACACCAUUAAUAUUGCACUCAAUCAUGUAGAUAAAGAUUAUGAAGGCGGCGGUUGUCGUUUUAUACGCUAUAAUUGUUCAGUCACCGAAACAAAGAAGGGUUGGAUGCUUAUGCAUCCCGGACGACUUACACAUUUCCAUGAAGGACUUUUAGUAACUAAAGGCACACGUUAUAUUAUGAUAUCGUUCAUUGAUCCAUAAAUAUGGUUUUCAAUUUUGACUAUUGGGAACAUAUUCGGUUCUCGCCUUUAAAUUUAUUAAACUGCCAUUUGUCUAUCCAAAGAUUUUAUAAAAUUGCUUCAAACUCGCAAACUUGUUUAAGUGUGAUUAUUUUCCCAUCGUAUGUACUAAUAUAUUGAAAACACAUACUCAACGCAUUGUUUGUCGACGAUUUCAUUUUCAAUGAAAAUGAAUAGUAUAUCAUGUUUUAAA